AUGAGAAUUCUCUUCUCCUUAAUUUGGAUUUUACCAUGUUUUGCUGAUGUUGAAUUUCUAUUAGCUGUUUGGCGACACGGUGAUCGUGCCCCUGAAAGUCUACCAUAUCCAAAUGAUCCAUAUAAUAUCACUUUUUGGCCACGCGGAUGGAAUCAACUUACAAAUGUCAGUUUGUUUUCAUUUUGUUUUGUUAUGUGUAUGUGUGUGUGUGUUGAAAAAAAAGAGUAAAGAAGAAAGAAUAAUGUUUUUAUGUUCUCAAGAUGCACUCAUUAGAAGAAGAGAUAAAACCUUGUUUUAUUGCAGGUUGGAAUUGAGCAAUCUGUUAAACUUGGAACAUUUUUACGAAGGAGAUAUAAAACUUCCGUUUUACAAAAAUUUGAUAGAAAACAAGUUUUGAUUCGAAGUUCUGAUGCAGAUCGAGCUAUUGAAACUGCACAAUCUGUAGUCACAUCGAUUUUUCCACCAAUUGGAGAACAAGCUUGGAAUACUGGAAAAUAUCGAUAUUGGCAACCAAUUCCAGUUAGAACUAAUCCUAAAAGUGAUGAUAUGGUAAUUAGAUAAAGUUAUAAAAAAUUCAAAUGAAGUUUUGUUUUUCAGAUGCUUCGUCCAAGUAAAAUCCACUGCCCUGCUUAUAAUCGGUUGAUCGAUGAAGAGAAAAGGGAAAUUGAAGAGGAUGUUGACUGGAAAUAUAGAAGGGAAUUAGAUGCUAUAUCUCAUUAUAUCAAUCAUACAGUUCGAUAUUCAAAUAUCAAAGAUGUGUAUAAUAUUUUGUUGGAGGUUGGUUUUUCAGGGGAAAAAUUGUUUGGACAAGACAAUUUUUUUGUAUUUCUUUAACUUUAAUAAAUUUCAUCAUAUUUUUUUCCAAAUAUAAAUAUAUUACAGCACUAUAAUGGCCUACCGUUUCCUGACUGGAUCUUGCGUGAAGUGAAUGGUCGACCCUUGUUGGAUACAAUUGUGGAAAUUCGAAGAAUCUCGAGGCUUCAGAAAUUUGAUUCAAGGGAGAAAUCAAAAUACAUGUCAGUUUUUUUCUCUAUAUAUCCUCAAUCAAUAUAAGUUUUAGGGCCGGAUUCUUGAUAAAUAAUUGGAUUGAAAGUCUCACCGAUGUUGCCAAUCGCAAAUCUUCUAAAAAAGCUUUAUUAUAUUCAUCGGUAAAGUUUUUUACUAUUUUACAGGGUGACAACAAAUUAUAGCGACAAAUUCCACUAACCCUGGUGACUGUCGUACUUAACCGAUCUCUAUGAAAAUUUUUUUGACUUUCCUGACUAUCCAGGACUACGCAGAAAAAAUAUCAAGAGUUCUCGGAAGGUUCACAAUAUUUUUUCUGGCCCUUGAAAAGUUUUGAAAAAUAUUUCCGUACUCGCUAAAUACUUUGUUCAACAAAAAUUUUCCCUGGAUGAUAAAUUUCAUAUUUUUUGCUCAAAAUAGUUUUUCUAGAUCAUAAUACACACUGUUUCACAGUUAUAACAAUUCCUGAUGUUCAAAUGAGUAAUCCACCGGGGUUCAAUUAUCAUGAAUUUUCGGAAUUUUGUGAAAGUCAAAAUUAAAAAAUGUCCCAAUAAUUUUUUUUAAACGAUGUUAAUGUUUCAAAUUGUUCCAAAGGAGUUUAGUGAAUGUUUUUAUAUCACGAAUAUUAUUUUCAAACAUAAAUUUUGAAAGAAAUGCAACUUUUCCAAAAAUCAUAAUUUCUCGAAAUUCAUCAUUUGACUCUGAUUAUCCGUUAAUUACUCUAAUUAAUGAAGAGGAUUUAUGCUCAAAAUUUUUUUCGACAAUUUUUGAUAGUAUUCAGACUAUUUGUAAUCAUUCAUACUUAUAAAUAUUGGAAUUGUUUCCCCAGAUUUCAAUUUUAUUGAAAAAUGAAAUUGUGAUACUCGCAAGUGGUGGUUCAAUAUAACCACAUCUAAAAAAGUCUGAAAGUCGAGUAGCUGUAAUAAUAUUUGUGCCGAACCUUCCCCAAUACUUACUUUACCUAAAAUAAAAAUUAUAGUUAUGAAAUAUUACUUACAGACAUGAAACAAUUAGCCGAUAAAAUAUCGAAAAUUGAAAAAAUCGUAAAAAAGAGAAAUUUUUAAAACGAUCACUUUCCAAUUUUGUGAAAAGUUUUGUGUUCAUAAUCAAAAACAAGUUAGUAUAGUGAUUAGGUGAUAUAAAAUGAUGGUUUUUGAGAAAAGUUGAGCAAUGAAAUCAUAAAAAAUCGUUCCGUGAUUACUGUCAGAUCAGUGUAAACUUUUGUCGCUAUAAUUUAUUGUCACCCUGUAUAUCUAUCAACAAAAUGAAAAAAAUCUUAAUUUCAGCACGACGGAACAUUAUCAUCAUUAUUGUAUGGCCUAAACAUUAGCAAUCAUCAAUUAGUUCCAUACACCGCUUGUGUGAUGCUUGAACUUCACACUGGAAACAAAAUCAAAAUUUUCUUACGCAAUUCAACUUCGGAAGAUCCAAACGAUGUACAUCAAUUAUUGAUACCAGGAUGUUCUGAAGAAUGUCCUCUUCAUGUAUUUAGAAGUCUUGUAGCUGAUGUUAGAGUCAAAUCUCAACAUGAAUUAGAAAAGGUUUUUUUUGUUAAUCAAAUUUUAUUUUUCUGAAAAAAUCCAUUUCAAAAAUUUUCCAGAUAUGUUCAUCUUCAAUUUCAAAACCAACGAUAUUCUCCUCUAUCAUUUUGCUAUUAAUUUUCUACUUGUUGUGA